AUGCAGCUGGUACUGGUAGCCCCAAAUCCCAAUGUCAAAAAAGUCAUCUGUCAAUUCGUCGCCCGAGCUUUUUUCCAGGUUCGCCUUCGUCCGUUAUUUCUUAACAUCUGGGACCCAAGAAACUGUUUUGUGCAAACUACAGUGAAAAUCAUGGCUGAAUCUCAAAUGAACGACAACACGACUUGCGUAGUGUGUUUUAAGAAUGUCGUGUAUUACUCAAUUGGCGAAUGUGACCAUCCUGUGUGUUUUGAAUGUUCAACCCGCAUGCGAGUUUUGUGCCUGACAAACGAAUGCCCUAUAUGUCGCCAUGAUCUUUCUAGGGUUGUGUUUACUGAAACUGUCCAACCUUACAAAACAUUGCACAAUCGAGUAUUUUCUGAUCGAAUGUUUGAAAGGCAGUUCAAAAUAGGAUUUUGUAGUGAAGAGAUUAAAGAAGCCUAUGAAAACUUACUUGAGAACCGUUGUAAAUUAUGUGAUAAAUUGCCUUUCCGUACAUUCAACAUGUUAAGUGAUCAUAUAAGGAAGGUGCAUGAACGUUACUUUUGUGACCUCUGCGUGAAACAUUUAAGGAUAUUUACCAAUGAAAGAAAGUGCUAUACUCGUCAAGAGCUUGCUCACCAUCGACGGAAAGGUGAUCUAGAUGACACUUCCCACAGGGGACAUCCAUUGUGCGAAUUUUGUGAGGAGCGUUUUAUGGAUGCAGAUGAACUUUACCGUCAUUUGAGAAAGGAGCAUCUAUAUUGUCACUUAUGUGAUGCGGAUGGAAGGAACCUGUACUACGCGUCUCACUCCGCCCUCGCGCAUCACUUCAGGACUGAGCACUAUCUGUGUGAAGAGGGAGAGUGUGCGGGGCAACACUUGACAGCCGUGUUUAGGAGUGAAAUUGACCUAAAAGGCCACAAGGCGACGGUGCACGGGCGCGGCAUGCCGCGGGGCGCCACCAGGCAGGCGCGCACCUUGGAGUUACAGUUCAAUAUCACCCCCCAUCCCGUCGUGCAGAGAACGCCUAGAGAUAGAGACAGAGACAGGGAGUACCGCGAGCGCGCGGAGCCGCCGGCGGCCGCGCCCGCGCCCAUCGACCCGCGCAGCGACGAGCAGUUCCCGCGCCUGUCGGCCGCGCCGCCCGCGCCCGCGCCGCUGCUGCCGCACCCGCCGCGCUCGCUCAGGGGCGCAGACGGGCUGGCGCGCAACGACAAGAACUUCCCAGCGCUGGACGGCGCGGGGCAGGGCGCGGCGCCGGCGCGGCCGCCCGCGCGCGCCGCCGCGCCCGUCGCCGCCACGCUGCUGCGCAACUCGUCAUCAAAGCCGAGCGUGUCUAUCCAAUUGCACAGCCAGCCUAGCGCGAGCAACUUCCGUCUGACGCAGACCAGCGGCAACCGUAUAUCGAUACCGGCGCAGAAGAAACCGCCCCUCUCUGAUGAUGAUUUCCCCUCUCUUGGCAUCGCUAGGGACGAUCACCCCAGUAUUGGCGCUGGAACUGUUCAACCAUCAAAGGUCGCGAUGAUCAACAGUGAAGAACUUCGAGUGAUUAAGAACAAUCAAACUAAUCACCAGCCAAAGAAGAUGCAGCUGAGUUCAGAAGCAUUUCCUGCGUUGUCGUCGACGUCUGUGCCGAGUGCGCCUCCUCAAUGGAUUACUGUGUCGAAAUCUAAAGAGAAAGCCAAGCCGAGACCUGAGCCCGUACCAAUUACCCGUGGACCGGCUUUCAACCCCGUGGCCGACUUCCCAACCUUGCCCGUUAACAAGUCGAAGCCUAAGAAGAUGCAGAUUCAACAACCGCAGUAUCAAUCGAUCUCUUCUAACAAUAAUGUUCCCAAUGAGACUAACAAAAACAAAAAGGACAAAAAGAAGCAGAACUCAAAUACUAAAAAGGAUAUUUCCCCUGAUUUUAAUCUCGUCAACGGCAUGAGCGAUAUGAAAAUAAAAAAUGAGUACAUAAAUGCAAGUGUAAAUAAUAACAACAGCAGUGUGGAGUCCGAUAGGAAAAUAAAGACGAUAAGUGACACACCCACAUCCACAACACCGAACGUGCAGAAGACUUCUGGUAAUGGAGAUUUUUCUUUAGCGCUGAAAGAGUAUCCGCCUCUGAAUCCGCGUGGAGAAACAGCCGCAAUCCCGCAGCCGCCGCCCCCGCGCCUACACAACGGCAGCGCGCCGCCCGGCUUCAAGAAGCGCCCGCCCUGCGACGGCAUGACAUUCACCAACUCGGCCGGUCAGACCUUCCCAGCGCCCGUGCACACCUACAUACCACCGCCAGACUUCGAGAUGAGGAACCGAGCGCUGGUGAAGAAGUUCGCAGUAGCCCUCGGAGGCGCUGCGGCCGUCGAGGACUUCAAGGUCGCCUCGCGCGCCUUCCGCGACAGCAUCAUAGGAGCGGAGGAGUUCUAUCAACAUUGCAAGACGGCUCUGGGUCCUCAAUUAGAGUCGGUGUUUCCGGACCUGGUGGCUUUACUGCCAGAUAUAGCGAAGCAGCAGGAGCUGGUGGUCGGGCGCGAGGUGGCGGCGCGGCUGGAGGUGUGCGGCACGUGCGGGCAGCUGCUGGCGCCGGCCGACCGCGGCGCGCACGACUCGGCGCACUGGCCGCCGCUCGCGUCUCGC